CCCGGGCUAAAGUUACUGCUGCUUCCUCUGCUCCAUCCGACAAAGAUUGCUGCGUGGCAUAUGUUUGCCGUUACUCGGCUGGGCUCCAGGCGCUGGAGAGAGCCGCUGUCAAGGGACUCCCCGGCGCACAUCUGGGCCCCGGUCGCUGGAACCCGUCUCUCCGCCAGCAUCAGGAGUUGCGUGUCGGAGCCCGGCAACCCUCGUCUUGUCCACCGCUCUACCUACCUCCGUGACGGCCAUUUCAACUCCAUUUAAGAAACGCUUUUUUUUUUCCCUUCAGAUGUGGCCCUACCAACAUCCGCAUCAUCUGCUUCCUCUAUCAGACGCUCCUGGUCGAAUUGAUAUCACAGCCCCGGUGCGAACCAGACAACUGCGCCGCAUCUGUUUCCGCCUCAAUUACCCUGAAACACCAAACAAACCAGUGACUGUGGCCGGUCGUCUCGCUUUUCACCUCGCGGCAGGCUUCUGCUUGCGCCAAGCAUGUCAGGCCAUGCGCUAACUUCUGGGGGAUUAGGCCAGCAGCAGGCCAGACCCGGCAACCACUUUAGCCGACAGUCCGACUCCGAGUCUGAAGAACGGCUCCCCUCAAAGUCGCCAUCCGCCGUCAUAUCCUCGGCCUUUCGCGGCAUCAAAAAGAUCACGCCGGCAAGACCUUCCAAGCUCUCUCUGCGCCAGCCGUCCGAGUCAGACGUUCCUGCACUCGAGUCUUCCCUCAGCUCCGCAACUAUCCCCCCCGGAAGCACACGCCCGCCGCCCCCACAACAUGCACGAAGCUUGAGUCUGCAGGAUAGUCUUGCGAAGCCCUUGCCCGAACCGCCGCCGCCGCAACUUUCGCCAGCGAGUCCCUUGACGCCUUUAGCCGUCCCCCAGCAGCCGAGGGGUCUGGCAACGAUUCUCGACACCGAGACGGAGGAAAACGACGACAGCAGACCCGGCACGAUGGAGUCGGCCUCAUCCAUGGAGACAGGUGGCGGGUUGUACGCCCGAGGGGAAGCCGGCCACGGUCAGGACGUGAGCGUCAAUAGCAGCCAGAGCAGCCUGGCGAGCUCGUCUCGGCAUGACGGACAAGACGACCGGAAUUAUGAUAAUCUGACGCCGAAAAGCACCGGCCCGCUUUCGGCCGGUCAGUCGCCCAAUAAUAGCCAGCCGAGGACACAGGCCGGCGGCACGGCCGUCGGGACCGCAACUCCGUCGGCGCACUUGUCGGGGUUGAUGUGCAACGUACACAGGACAACAGGCAGGGAGCCGCAUCCCCUUGUUGGAGCCACGACCACCAUCCUGGGUGACAAGCUGUAUGUGUUUGGCGGGAGGAUAUUGUCAAGAAGCAGACCGGCGCCCUUGACCUCGGAUCUGUACGAGCUUGACCUGAUUCGCCGUCAUUGGACAAAGGUGGAAACGACGGGCGAUAUCCCUCCUCCGCGGUACUUCCACUCGAUGUGCGCGCUUGGGGAUACGAAGCUGGUGUGCUAUGGCGGCAUGUCGCCGACAACGAACCAGAAAAACAUACCGCAAGACCAGCAACCCGAGGUCACGGUCAUGUCAGAUAUUUACAUCUACGACGUCCCGACGAGGAAAUGGACAUUCAUUCCGACACAAGAUGCCCCUCAGGGACGCUACGCGCACUGCGCAUGCAUCCUCCCUUCAUCCGCAACGUUUGUUUCACACCGAGCGCCCCUCUCGGCGCUUCAGCACAAUCCGUCGACAGGCAACCCCAACGAGGGCCGGAUCGGUAUCAAUAUUGACGGGGCUGGCGGCGCCGAGAUGAUCGUAGUCGGGGGUCAAGACGCAUCAAAUCACUACAUCGAGCAGAUUAGUGUCUUCAACCUGCGCAGUCUAAAAUGGGUCUCGACGCAACCCUUGGGUAAGAGCUGUGGCGCGUACCGCAGCGUCGUAGCACCGCUCCCCCCAUCCGUGACCGCUAAGCUCGGCAAGUCGUUUCCCGGUGGCGUUCGUCAGGAUGGUGGAGGAAUCAGCCAGGAGGCCAAAGAGGGCGGGUCCAGCAUGCUUAUCUACAGCAAUUACAAUUUUUUGGACGUCAAAAUCGAGCUGCAAAUCAGGGCCCCCGACGGCAGCCUCAGCGAACGGACGAUGAGCGGCACCUACAGCCCCCCAGGGCUGCGGUUUCCCAACGGCGGCAUCAUCGAUACUCAUUUUGUCGUGAGCGGCACCUACCUCACGUCGUCAAAACAGGAAUACGCUCUCUGGGCGCUAGACUUGCGGACGUUGACGUGGAGCCGCAUCGACGCCGGCGGCGCCGUCUUCAGCCAGGGUAGCUGGAACCGCGGCGUCUUGUGGAACAGGCGGAACACGUUUGUCGUGCUGGGCAACAGGAGACGGAGCCUUGUGGAUGACUACAACCACCGCAGGAUUAACUUUACCAAUGUCUGCAUGGUCGAGCUGGAGGCAUUUGGCUUCUACGACAAUCCUCGUAAGAUCAACCCCAUGAGCGGCUUCGUCAGCGCCAGCAGUCCCUACACCGGACCUGGCUUGAGUCUGGCUCGUAAGGCCGGGUUCACUGCCGGCGGCAGGUACCACAGCCGCGCGGCCGAGGAGCUGGGCGAGAAGGCCCUCGCGAUGAGAGAGUUGGCCGAUAUGGAUAUCCUGUGUAUUGGCGGUGAGCGGAUACCCAUCAACUCGAGAAUCGUCGCGAGGAGGUGGGGCCCGUACUUUGUCCAGCUGCUACGCGAGGGCACGGCGACGCAGGAUGGCAGUGAUGCUGCCACCCUUCGGUCGAAUUCGGUAUCUGCUCCCGGAGGCUCGGUCCGGAGCUCGAACCUCACCAUCACCCCGUCCAUCAUGAGCGGCAGCACCUUGUAUUCGGUUGGCAGCUCGACCAGCAAAGCCGGAAACGCCGGCACGUCGGCCGGAACCCCGGUGGACGCCGCGGCCAUCAAUACGGCUCCGACUCCGCGGACGCUGCCGCCCAACAGCCGACCGCGUUGCCUGUAUCUGCCGCACACCUACCUCACCGUCCAGGCUCUCCUCCACUUCCUCUACACCUCCAGCCUCCCCGCCCCGUCCUCCCCGCUUUGCACCCCUCAGAUUCUCUGCAGCCUCCUCCAGAUCGCCCGCCCCUACCGCAUCGACGGCCUCCUUGAGGCUGUCGUCGAGCGGCUCCACGGCCUCCUCGACAACCGCAACGCCGCAGCCGUCUUCAACGCCACAGCGAUGGCAGCCGGAGGCGGCCGCGGUAUUGACGGCACCCUGAACCCCAACUUCUUCCCCGCGUCCGCCGCGCUGUACGGCCUUGGCGGCACCACCGCCGACAACCUCCAGCAGUCGGAGCACGGGCCGCCCGACGGAAGCAGUGCUGCCGGCUCCGAAGCGGGCAGCAGCGCUGCCACGCGCGGGAUGGCGGGCCUCACGAUCAGCACGUCCGUGCCCGGGGCCCCGCCGAGCAGCGACGAGCUGAGUGCGACAACGAGCGUCAGUGGAAGCGAGUGGAGCGCGUCCGAGGUGGGCGACAGUGAUCGGGGUGGUGGCGGCAGAGAGAUCUGGACGGGGGAGCUGAGCAGCGUCAUUGGCUUGCAGAAGCGGGGGCUGAGGGGCCUCAUGGAGGGGAGACGGAUGAGGGAGCGGACGGGGACAGCAGGUGCAGCUGGGGUGCAGGGCGGUGGCGGCGCCGGCGGCGUCGGCGGACAGCAAGCUGGGCAACCACAGGUUGGACAGUAUGGGCACCCCAGGGUCGGGUUAGGCAUUGCGGGCUCAUAAAAGCGGUUCUAGGAUAAGCUGAGUUAUUUUCAAGCAUCGUACAUACCACUUGGCUUUUUGAGAUAUGUUCUUGGAGCAUUUGUAGAAGGGGGGAAGGAGGGGGUGCGUCGAAAUGUUGAUGUAAAUGAUGUGACGGGGUUCAAAAUUAGAAUGCUUCGUGCGGUGUUUUUUGACUUUGGCCAAGUUGGCUGGUAACCGGUUGCUGGUGUUGACGGGAGCCAAUGUCUCUCCCAUCACCACCUUGUGUUGUUCUUUAGUCUGAGCGAGCCGCGUGUGACGACUAAUUAUCUCGUAUCUCUUCACCUCUUCCGUGGUCAUGC